AUUUGUUUAAUUUAUUCGUUUUUGUUUUCUUUUUUAAUUUAUUUAUUAUUUCUCAUGAUCAUUGAUUCCAGUCCCCUGAUGUCCACACUCCAGGACAGCAGGUGGCGGUAACGCGCUUUGCACGAUAAGUGCCGCCCUCCGUUAAACCAGAAGAACAAGAGGAGGAGAAGAAGGGUGACGUCAUUGUUGGGGUAUUUUUCCAAGAUGGCGGUGGACUGUGACCGGAAUUCUGCAGCUGAAACAUUGAGAGGAUUUAAAUAAAAAGGGAUGACAACAUAUCAAUACUGUUAUCGUUUAAAGACACGUAAACGCAGUGAUGGUCAGGUAACGUGGCUAAAAUGGUAGCCCAAGAAGAAGCUAUGUUUUGGAUUUAUCUUAAAUCUUUCCAUUGCAUCUUUUUCAGGGUGAAUUCGGUGCAAAAAUAAUUAAGGGAUUUUAGUGUUUUUUCUGUAUUUAUUUGGGCGGAACCGAGCUGAUUAGGCCGUAAUGUGGUUAAAAUGGUAGCUUCGUCCUCCAGGAACAAGAAAACCUGCUGCUUUUGUUGCGGAUCCACCGGACGGGAGGGGGUCUCUCUGCGGGAUUUUACACCCGGGUUCGAGGCUCUUUCUUCCGACUGAGUGGUCAUGGAAACACCGGUGGAGAACGGAGGUGUUGAUCUGAACGAAAACGAAGGCGGAUACAUCGGAGGUCAGGACACCGGGAAGGGUCAUAUUUUUUACGUGACCGGUAACGGGAGGCAUGUGAACGGGGGGAAACCGGCCUCACAGAACCGGGACAUAAUGCUGGAUCUGGAGUAUCUUCCCCCGGGCAGAGGUGUGAUAUCUGGGGUCCUGAACGGAUUCACCGAGUCACCGGAGGAGCCGAGGACCGUGAUGGGUGAAGGAGAGGAAGGAGAGGAGGGCCAGGCUUCCUGUCCGGGGGAGAACCGGGACGUCACCCUGGGAGAAGACGCGCAUGUCGGCGGCGACAUCAGGGAUCCGCUCCAAUGUACCGGGAAACACCACCUGCAGACCAGCGGUUCUUCUACCGGUUCUUCCACCGGUUCUUCCUCCCCGAACAUGCAAAACGGGGGUGUUGAAAACAGUCAUCCUGAUGCAGAAAUCUCUCACAGUAACCUGGGUUUUUGCAACGUGGAGUGUGAGGAGGAGGAGGAGGAGAAAGUAGUCGCUAACGGUGGGGUUUUGCACAACACAUGCGAUUUUGAGGACAAAAACACUACUAAUAUUGGCAUUGAACAGGUGGCAGAGCAGGGAAACGGUGCAGGUUUGGGAGUUUGCAGCCAGAGUGAAUGCACCGGGACAUUAGGCUAUCAUUCCCCGGUGGAGGAUGUACCAACUGCGGCAGAACUUCCUCCCUCUUCCCCCUCUUUAUCCCUGGAGGAUUUCAGUGAGCUCAGUUUACCCGUCAGGCCGCAGAGUCUGAGGACGAACCCCAACCUGGUGGUUUCCCUCAGCUGUGAUGCAACACCUUUGUCCCCAGUGGAUGAUGAUGACGAUGAUGAGGGGGGGUUUUAUUUUGGAGACGAGGAGGACAUCCGGAGCGUUUUGGACUCGGGUCGCAGGCAGAGCGCCCCGGAUAAGCUGCCGAAUCCGGCCGAGCAGACAGAGAGCUCCGAGUCCAGGCUGAUGCCAAAGAGGUUCGGCAUAGCUGAGUUCUUCACCAGGAGCCUGUUUUCUAGGAAAGCCAAAGAGCCCAAGGCGGCGUCCCACAAUGCAACAGGGUGGCGACUGUUUAGCAAGCCAGCGACCAGAGAGGAGGAUCCGACUUCAGACCCCGAAUCCACACCGUGCACACAGGAGGAGGAUCAGGAUGUGGACCCUCAGCUGCCCUCGGCUGCAGGGCGGAGGAAGAACCUGGAGUUCGAGCCUCUCUCCACCACAGCGCUCAUCCUGGAGGACCGGCCAGCGAACCUACCCGCCAAAUCUCUGGAGGAAACUCAGAGACACAAGAUGGAGUAUGAUGAGAUGGUGGCAGGAGCCAAGAGGAGAGAGAUGAAGGAGGCGCAGAGGAAGAAGCGUCAGAUGAAGGAGAGACACCGACAGGAGGACAGCAUCUCCAACGCCAUGAUCGUCUGGAACACAGAGAUCCUGCCGCACUGGGACACCAUGAAGGCGACGAGGCGGGUGAGGGAUCUGUGGUGGCAGGGUCUUCCUCCCAGCGUCAGAGGGAGAGUGUGGAGCCUCGCCAUCGGCAACGAGCUCAACAUCACACCAGAGCUGUAUGAGAUCUUCCUGUCCAGAGCCAAAGAGAAGUGGAGGAGUUACAGCGAGACCAGCUCCGUCAACGACAACGAGAGCGACGGAGCCUCUCUGGCCGACAGAGAAUCCAGUCUGGACCUCAUCAAGCUGGACAUCUCCAGAACCUUCCCCUCCCUCUUCAUCUUCCAGAAGGGGGGGCCGUACCACGACCUCCUGCACAGCGUCCUAGGGGCGUACACCUGCUACAGACCGGACAUCGGAUAUGUGCAGGGCAUGUCCUUCAUCGCCGCCGUGCUGAUCCUCAACCUGGAAGAGGCCGAGGCCUUCAUCACCUUCGCCAACCUGCUCAACAAACCCUGCCAGAUGGCCUUUUUCAGAGUAGACCACGAGCUGAUGUUGAAGUACUUUGCAGCCUUCGAGGUUUUCUUCGAGGAGAAUCUGCCUCGUCUCUUUAACCACUUCCAGGACAACAACCUUACCCCUGACCUCUAUCUCAUCGACUGGAUCUUCACGCUGUACAGUAAGUCCCUCCCCCUGGACGUGGCGUGCCGGGUCUGGGACGUGUUCUGCCGGGACGGGGAGGAGAGUUUGUUCCGGACGGGUCUGGGGAUCCUGCGUCUGUUCGAGGAGGUUCUGCUGCAGAUGGACUUCAUCCACAUCGCUCAGUUCCUCACCCGGCUGCCCGAGGACCUACAGCCACACACACUCUUCACCGCCAUGGCCAACACACACAUGAUCAGCAGGAACCGCCGCUGGGCUCAGGUGUUUUCUGCGCUGAUGAAGGACGGGAUCAAAGAGACGGACAAAAACAGCAGCCCGGCUCUGAGGAGCUAACACUAGCCACCUUCACGCUAACCAUCGUUCUCCAAACUAAUCGAGGAGCGGGAGCUGGGAACUCUGGAGGACGAACCCCGACGGACCUGAAGCUGGACUCAUCGAUUCGUCAGGUGACGCAGGAAGUGAGAUCCCAGUCGUGGUUUAUUCCCAGACUUCAGCCGUGAGUCAGUAUUUCAGAUCUGGGAGGCGCAGUGUCUCUAAUCUACCAGCCUGCUGCUGCUGGGUAAUUAAAAGCUGCCUCUCAGAUAACACUCCGUUUUAUUUCGGGAUCACUCAUUGGAUUUGAGGAGACUCUGGAACCACUAGCGUCGCCCCUGGGCAAUGCAAACACUUUUCCGGUGCUAAUGUUUUCUAAAGGCUUGAAUAACGACCUCUGUGGUUAAAUUAUUAACGUAGGUUUACUUUAUUUCACAUCAGUAUUAAUUUGCUGCAUUUUGAGCUUGAACUCUGGAUCUAUUUAAAAAAAAAAAAAGGUGAUGAAAUCUGCCGUUAGCAUGGCGGUCGCUAACAUAGCUGCUAAAUUAGCCUCCUCGCUUCUAUAGGCAACAAAAGCAAACUGCAUAAGUUGGAUGAAUGGAGAAAUAGUGUGUAAUGUAGUCUGAUAAUAAGGAAUCACUUUAUAUACAUUUCAUGGGAUCAUAUGCAGCAGGAAGCAGGCUGUGAUUGUUACGUUUUCCCACAAAUUGUAUCCUCCCAUGGCCUCCAGAAGCUUUUUUUUUACAAGUGCUAAAUACUUAAAAUCCAACGGUUUAAGGGGGAAAACUCACCCUUUGUUGGUGUUAAACCAUGCAAGCGUUUAGCUGUUUUAGAAUAGAGGAAGCAGGACAUAUUUGGCAGGGAUUGCUUUCCAAAAGGGGCCAAUCACGACACUAGUAUGAGCUUUAACCAUCCGUGAACAUCUUGAAGGAGCGUAUCGCCAUCCAGGAUCCAGAUUCCCCCUCAGAGCACUUUAUACAUGCAGCACUAACGCUUCGUCAGUUAAGUAACGGGGCAUUAAGUGCCUCUCUGUUUCCUCUGUGGAGAUUUAACGACCAAGAUUGCCAAUCAGAGCCGAUCGGAUGAUACACCGUGCAUCGUACUCGUCUCCGCUUGAGAAGGAAGCUUUUUGAGUCUUUGCAGCAGAAUCUUUUCCAUCGUCUGUGAAAUUCCAGACGUUUAAAUGUCUGAAUGACUUGUGUUUUUACUUCAUUGCCUGUCAGAUAUUUCAUUUAAACACUGGAAUAUCUUUAGAUUCAACAUAACUGUCCAGACAGAACGUAUUAGCCUCUGAAUCCAACUUCUUGAAUGUGAUAUUUUUACUGCUUUCCUCAUAUAUUAUUGUGAAUUCAGUUUUGUCCUGAGUGAAAACAAGACAUCUUCAUUCAUCGCCCUGUGAAUGAGACUCUCUUUCAACCAAAAACCCCCCAAAAGUUGUAAAAGCUAACUAAAUAAAUAGGAAAACUACAAAUUAACUUUUGAGACGUUUGAGCCAGCACCAUUUUGGGCAUUUCUAAUACAAACAUUAUAAAUUGAUUUGUCCAACUUGCUGCAGAUCAAUCGUUUGUUUAAAUAUGAAACAAGAAGCUGGUUAACAGAUUAAUGAAUCCACACAUUUUAACGGUGCGUUCACACCGGACGGGAAGCAAGUUUUGAAGAACUUUUAUUUAUGUCACUAGGGACAGACAGACAGACAGACAGACAGACAGACAGACCAGGAGAAGUCCCGUGACGCUGUCUCCCAAGAGCCAAUCAGCGUUGAGAAUCCCCGCCCGCCUUACUGACAGUGUUGAUUACACAGAACGACACAUUAGCCGUUAGCUGUGUUAGCUGUGUUAGCUGUUAGCGCACAGUUAUUUAUACCUGUUCAGAAACUGGAGAAACAUCACUGUUUAUAAACGUGUGUGUGUGUGUACAAACCACACUGUGUUUAUGGGAUGGCGAAUACAUUCAUGUUUACAUGACGUUAUUGUGAGUGAGGACGGAGCAGCUACUGUGUUAGCUUAGCCUAGCCUGCGGACACUCCGAAGCAUUCAUUCAUGCUUUUAAAAACCGGUAGUUAAUUUCGGCAUCAUUAUGAUACGUUUAAUACAAUUAAAUCACGGUGAAGUAUGUUAAAGUAAUUCUCAUGUUAUUUUAUCUUAAUGUUGUUAUUGUUGUUGGUAUCUCCGCGGAGAUAAGUCCCGCCUCCUCGCCAGCGCGUCCAGUUUGAUCGACGCGAGUAAACACCAAUGAAUGCCGCAGUAAGUCUCGCGUGAGUACCGCGGGGAGAAUGCUUGUUUCUUAUCCGGUGUGAACGCACCCUAACGAGGUGUCAUUACAGAAGGUAUUCCAUGCUUCACGUUCUGAUUUUACCUGGAUUAUAAUCGUGCCGUUCCUGACGGCUGUUGAAGUCCUUUACAUCACCUCCAUCUUUGUUUGAACACUCCUUUGAGUUACGCACACUAUAGUAUGUGACCUCCAUUACCUCCCUGUGACACACGCACGCACGCACGCACACUCACUCCAUUUCCCCCGCAGAUCAUGGGCCUUACACACGUUUCUUAUUUUCAUUUGUUUGAUGAAAGCAGAAAACUCACUCAAGACAAAGGGAGCGUAAAGACAUGAACAUUUUUAUUUAAAUUACUCCUUUUUUUAAAGUUCUUCCCACUUUAAGUCAAACUAGCUGCUACUUUUAUUUUCUGUUCAUUUCAGUUAUUUAUUCUUUUAUUUUCAAACAAACCAGAAAGAGAAAUGACUGAUAACUGCAGCAAUAAUACCUUCUUCUAUAUUUUAGUGGAAACAAAUUAAAAUAACAGAAUAACUUCUACUAAGAAGACGCCUAUUACCCGGUAUAACGGUUGUUGUAUGCACAUAAAAAAACGAACAGAGAAAUGACAGGGCUGGGAAAGAGAGUCCAUUGAAUGGGAAUUAAAAGAAAUGACAAUUAACAUUUUAAAAAGUGUUAAAAAUGAAUUGGAUUAAAAAAAAGAAUUUGAUAGAGUUUAUAAAAGUUAUGAAGUCACACGGUCCUGAAUAAACCUCUGAUGUUCUCUGCGUGGCACCAGUGUUACACUAAAUACCUUCAUCAAUAACAACGUGUUGUUUUACACAAACAGCCAGUAAACAUGUCAGAGACGAAGGCAGUGUUAUACUUAAGAGACUAGCUCUGCAUUGUUCAACAUUUUGGACCGAAUGUAGACCCUUCAUGAUUACUGUGUUUCUUCAGAAAACUAAAGAAACUUCUACAAAAUCUCCAGUACUUUACACUAACCCCCCCUCACAUCCGCUUCCACAGGAAGUUAACUGAAGGAUUUUCAAAAUAAAACGUGACCAGAGUGUUACUAAUAUAGACCAUAAAAGGUGGAGUCAGAUUUGUGAUGCUGGUUUUGGAAUGAACAUGAUAUUAUACUCUUAAAUACACAUAUUAAACACAUCGGAUUAAAUACUGCAGAGAUACAAAGUCCUUGGUUACAAACGAGACUUUCUGGUUCAUUUUAGCUCCGUUUCUGAAGGAAAUCCUCCUCUGGACCUACACACUACUCUGCUAAUUAGAUAUAAUGAAUAAGAGAAGGCAAGAUAAUAUAAUUAUCCCUUUAAGGUGCAUUGAAUCCAAUGUUUUUUGAGUAAUUUACCAGGAUAAUGUGCAUUAACAGGUCAGAUUUUCUUUAAUCUACAUUAAGUGUGUGAUAUUAUGUGGCUUACAAAGAAAAACCAACGUAUUAAAACACCUUUUAAUCAUCCUUUUUAACACCUCUGUGAGUUUAGAGGUGUUACAAGUAUUUUAUUACUGUGUUUCAACAGCAGGUAGCAGUUUUUAGAUUUUGAGGUUUUCCAAUCCUGAAGAAUAGUCUAAACGUGAAAUAUAUAGUUAGUGUUUCCAGCCGAAAACACUCCAACUGCGUUGAAAAAGCCGCAGUUUAAUUUAAAUGGGAUUCACUGAGAAAAUGACUAAAUGAUGAUAUUUUCUGAGUGUUUCUCAGCAUUAAUGGUCAUUAAUUUAAGUGAACCUGAGCUGCGGUGGAGAUAAAGACCUUUCUACCUGUAUUUGAUCUCCACUCUUUUACACUCCACAAUACGUCAAAUAAAAGUGGAACAUGGUGUUUAUAGUCGGUGUAUUCACCCAGAAUCCCAGCAGGUCGUCUGGACGCUCCUUCACUCCACAUAUUUGAUGUUAAACUCUGAAAGCUGCCGAGAGGAAAUGAGAUGAAUGUGAUAUUUCCCCGUAACUAAGUUCAUAUAUUCAUUUUGUUUCAGUCAUCACUCUGUUUUAUAUUUACGCUUCUUUAUGUUUGUUCUGUUUUAUUGCCGAAUUUCAGUGUACAGUUUUUUCAUAAUGCCUUUCAGGUGAUGUAAAUAAACUGUAAAAAUGUUGUGUUCUUUUCUUAUAACGGCCACUGUUCGAAUGUGUAAAUAAAUAUCUCCGCAAACUGA